AUAUAUAACCAAGCUCCAGCUCUGCUCUGCAAAAAACCGAAACCUACUCUCUCUACUCCCUCUCCUUCUCUUUCUCUUGUUUGGCGCCACAAACACUUUCACAGGAUUGCAAAUUUGAUAUACCAUGGAGACUAAGGAAACCAGUGCUGAGUUGAAGCAGGGUGUGGCAUUAGAAAUUCAAGAUAAAGAAGAAAGGGUUCUCAAUGAGAAGGACUUGGAACCAAUGACACCAAUGACAACAACUAAGGAAUGCUCAGUAGACAUUGAGUUGGUAGGCAAUAGAGUUGCAGAUAGCGAAAAGGAAACUUCUUUUUCUGGAAAUAGUGGUGACGGUGUUUCACAGGGUGCUGCAGGCAGAGGCGAGGAUUCAUCAGAUGAGAAUGCUGACACUAACCGAGAUUUUUCUGCAAUUCAAAAGCAAAUUUUUAACCAGAUGGGGGCAGUUCAGAAUAAUUCUAGAGUCCUUUAUAGUGGCACGGAUACAAAUUUGAAAUUGUUGAAUAUUGGGGUAAACAUGCCUGAAACCCAUCCGAAUUCGGGAAUGGACCUGAAUGUAUCCAGUGGUCAUGCCAUACGCACAGAGGAAGAUCACGACCGGAGAAGAAGAGAAAAGAGAAAGCAGUCUAAUAGGGAGUCAGCUAAGAGGUCAAGAUUCCGUAGGCAGCAAGAAUGUGAGAAACUACGAGAAACUGCAGCGAUGCUGAAUAGUGAAAUUUCGGAGCUCCCAAAUGAGUUAAGAAGGCUUUCUGAGGAGUGUGGGAAACUUGAUGAAGAAAACAGUUCCCUAAUUGAUGAGAUGGAGAAGAUGUAUGGUCCAGAUGCAGUUGCUGAUCUCAGAGCUGUGAAAGUCAACUCUUCUGAUGAUGGAAGCAACAGCAUCGAAUCAAAAACUCCAAGCAGAGACAACUCAACUUCUCCUACUCCUUCUCAUCGAAAAGAGACUUCUCCUACUCCUUCUGAGCCUCGAUUAUUUGGUGUCAGCCUACGACCAAACUUGGCUGAUUGUUUACAUAGUUCAAAGGUCCAGUAAAGAAGGUCUUAAUGUACCAAGGCAUUUCAUAACUUGAUAAUAGUUGUACAUUCGUAUUGCACAUCAUUUUCAAGUAAUAGUUUGUCCUCUCAGUUGGUGACAGCCUACGACCUAACUUUUGGGUUCUUUUUAGCUUUAGACCUGCUUUCCGAUUUUAUAAGAGUUGCUUAGUAUGAAUGCCAAGUCAAAGAUCAAGUUACCAGCUAAAUGAAGUC